AUGAAGUCGCAUGCUGGCGAGGCUUUGGGAGCCCUUCAACAAGAGAAGGAAUCUCAAGUUAAGGAUCGUGAAGCCUAUGAGGGACGAGUGGCUGGACUAAUGAUGGAGGUUGAUGAGCCCCUCCAGAAAAAUCUUAAGAGGGUGUACCAAGCCUUUGAACAAGCGGCUGAUCAAGUGGAAGCACUUUAUCGAACAUAUCUAUUCCCCGCUUUUAACUUGAACCGUUCAAGGUCGUUCAGACGAGGCCUUGGUGGAGGAUGUAGUUUCAACAUCUCAAAAUGGAGUGACUUGAUUUGUUUUUAA